AUGCGAGGCUUCAAAACACAUCCUUGUACAAAUCGAUGUGGUUUUUGUCGUUUUUUCGUUCGUUUGGAGACAGAUGGUAGCUCUCUCGUACGGAUUGCCAUCUGAUGAUGUGUGUCCCAACUUAGGGAUAUUCCCACUCAAACGUCACAACCAACGUUUGAAAUCAACUAAGCAAUCAAACACAAGUCUUGUCUUGAGAAAGAACGAGAUGCAAGAGCUGGUUUUGGCACUUUUCGCUCUGGCCAUGGUGGCCACGGCCUCGAAGAUCCCUCGAACAGAUCAAGAUGAACCACUUUGGUGGCAAAACACUAUUGUCUACCAAAUUUAUCCGCGAUCGUACCAAGAUUCCAAUGACGAUGGAACCGGUGACUUGAACGGUAUUCAAUCAAGAUUGCAACAUAUUGCAGACCUUGGGGUAGGGUCGAUUUGGAUUUCUCCUGUUUACGAGUCUCCCAUGGCUGAUUUUGGUUAUGAUUUCUCUAACUUCACCAAUAUCGAUCCCAUUUUUGGGACCAUUGACGACUUCAAGCAGAUGUCUGACCGGGCAAAGGAACUCGGUAUUCGCUUGAUCAUGGAUAUUGUACCCAAUCACACGAGCGAAAAACAUGCCUGGUUUACCAAAUCAGUUGCCCGUGAAGACCCUUACACUGAUUAUUACAUCUGGAAAGACCCGCUGGGCUUUGACGAGGACGGCAACCCUAUUCCUCCCAAUAAUUGGUUGUCAGUUUUCCGAUUUUCGGCGUGGGAAUGGGUCGAGGAACGCCAACAGUUCUACUACCACGCCUUCACUGUCCAACAACCGGAUCUGAAUUACCGCAACCCGUUGGUGGUUGAAGAAAUGAAGAAUGUACUUCGUUUCUGGAUCGAGGGGCAAGGUGUGGAUGGUUUCCGAAUGGAUGCUGUUCCAUUCUUAUUCGAAGAUCCAGAGUUUUUGGAUGAGCCCCAACGUCCUGGAGCCACCGAUCCUGAUGCCCACGACUAUUUGGAACAUAUUUACACCUUCAAUCUACCCGAGGUUUAUGAUAUGAUUGGACAAUUCCGAUCAGUUUUGGACGAGUACGAAGAAGUUGACGGAUUGCCAAGAGUGAUGAUGGUAGAGGCCUUGAGCCAGGACUUGUCCGUUCAGGAUUUGAUGAAAUACUAUGAUGUGAGUGAUUUUCCGUUCAACUUCAAUUUUGUGGUCCAAUUGGAAGCCCCUAUGGAGGCUGCCGAAGUAAAGAAGCAAGUUGAUGAUUGGCUGGAUAACACCCCAGAAGGCAAAACACCAAACUGGGUGUGGGAUAACCAUGACAACUGGAGAAUGGGCAGCAAAUUUGGCGAGGAAUUGAUCGACGGAAUGCAAAUGAUCUCCCUCCUUCUUCCUGGAAUCGCGGUCACCUACAACGGCGGUGAAAUUGGUAUGCUGAACACGGACAUCUCGUAUGAAGACACGGUAGAUCCUCAAGGAUGCAAUUGUGGGCCCGAGCACUACGACGAUUCAAAUUGCUCCAGAGACCCUGAGAGAACCCCAAUGCAAUGGUCGGCUGAGGCCAAUGCAGGCUUCAGUGGACCUCAGGUCGAACCAUGGCUUCCCGUCAAUCCCAACUACGUCACAUUGAAUGUCGAGGCCCAAAAGGCAGCCGACAUCUCGGAGAGUCAUCUGAAGGUUUAUCAAAGUCUGGUGGCCUUGCGCCAAAGAGAUCAGGUCAAAUUGGGAGGCGUUGUCAAUGUUGCUCUGGGUGACGUGUUUGCUUUUAAUCGACAACUCAACGACGAAGCCCCAUUGAUCGUGGCUGUCAAUACUUCAGGAGACAUAGUGAAGGUCAAUCUCAAAGAGUUGGACCCAACCGAAUCCACGUAUCAAGUGAUCUUGCGAUCCACUAGAUCAGAAAAUCUCGACACAAUCCCAGGAUCAGCAAUCCAUGAUUUGGCGGAUGUUACUCUUGGAGUUUAUGAGGGGAUUGUUUUGGAACCGAUUCCAUCUGCUACGUAAUGGUUCUGUCUCCGUGGUGAUUACUUGCUUGAAAGAUAAUACAUGUUCUUCUUGUUUGUCUCUUUACGCAAAUGAGGCGGCACAUCUACAUGGGACAUAAAAGCAUUAUUGUGAGA